CUCCUUUACUCAUCAUAACCAUAACUCCUAAUUUUCUUUAUUAACCAAACACCAAAAAGUAACUUUUUAUUACCUAUUUAUUUCGAAGCUCUUGUUUUUCUUGUCGUCGGUGCAACAUAAAAUGAGGAGGGUUGGUUGGUCUACUAUUUUGAUCAUGGUGGUGGUGGCGUUGUUGGUGGUAGAACAUGUGGUUGUUCCAGCCGCCGCGGGGAGAGUUCUAACGGAGAAGUUGGGAGACGGAAGAGCUACUAUGAUGAGGGUGGAGAAGAUGACGUCGACGGUGGAUUUUUGGUUUCAGCGAUUGGCUUCAGGUCCGAGUCCAAGAGGUCGCGGUCAUUAAAUUAUGCAAGCUCUCUUUAUUCCGACUGAAGGCGAUUAAUUUUUGUUUGAUAUACAUACCAAAACAAACGGUCAAUAACUGUAUUCCAUUCAUUUUUUUCUUUAUUUGUUUGUUUUCUAUUGAGCAAAUCAAUACACAUGUAUACAGAGCUUUAAUUUGAAUAAGAUUUCACACUCUGCUUUUAC